AAAAAAACAAAAAACAAAAAACUUUUGCCUUUAUUUGAAAUAAUCAAAAAGUUUCAACUGUACUACUAAUUCAACAUCUCUGGUUCAAACAAAAACCAGAGAAGUGCGUGUAUUGACUUUGACUAAGACCAGACGUACCGGUGAAGAUCAACUUUGAACUAGUUGGUGUUGGUAAGUUAACACUAUACGUUGCUAUUUUUUGACCGCAUUAGAUCAAUGUCAACACUGUUAUUUCAUUUUACGUUUUAAGUUUUAACAUACCAUCACCAACUAGUUCAAAGUUGAUCUUCACCUAACAAACCCGGUUUAUAACAGACUCGGUCAACAAAAAGAGUUGACCAACAACCUAGUGAUGAUACCUAUCCUUUUAUAAGGAGUAACAACUGCGUUAACAAAGUUCCAUCACAAACCAAACUACACACAAUAUCUCUCUCUCAAAGAACAUUAACAAGAGAAUUUUCUUUUCAAGAAAUCAACAAUGGAGAAUCUGAGAAAUGGCGAAAAAGGCCACUCUCAUUGGAUCCAAUUUAUGUUAUUUGAUCAAUCUUCAAUAACAACUCUUCUCUUGAAGUGUCUUGGUCUCGAAAGUUCUUCAUCCUCAUCUUCUAGCUCUUCCGUGUCAUCUCACUGUGAGGAAGAAGACGAUAUCGAGAUGAAGGAGGAUGAAGAUGAUAUGACCGUUGAAACCACAGAGCGGAGGUUGCAGAAGAGUAAGCCUAAGCCUAAGCCAAAGCCAAGCCCAGGAAUAGGAGGCAAAAUCAACUAGGAUCCAUGUAAACCUAUACGUGUAUACUAUAGUCUUUACUUUAAAUAUACAAACACACACACAUAUACAGAAUAAGUAAAUGCAAAUGCAUACAAACAAAGCUGUAAUAUGAUUUAUAUAGUCAUAUGUUUUGAAUGUCAAUCUGAUAAUAAAAUCAAGUUUAGUGUUA